UCAUUGUUUUUUAGGUAUAAAAGUAAAACAAAGUUUAAAGUUAAAGUUCCCUUUCGGGAUUCAGCGUUUCCGUCCCACGUAUCGACGAAAAAGCUCUGCACACAAACUGACGUCACUCUGAAAGAAGAACAGGAUGGGCAGGUAGACAGGUAAAGGUGAGUUUCUGUCGCGCCUACUACUCGGGGAGCAUACCGACGUUUUGUUGACUGCUUUGCUUCUCCAUUUUGAGCCGACUGAGUGAAGAACAAAAAAAAUGGUGAAGCAAGAGAGGGAAAUAGGCAACCGGCCUGACAACACUGCCUUCACUCAACAGAGGCUUCCGGCAUGGCAGCCCAUGCUCUCUGCUGGCAUUGUCAUCCCAGGGUUUGUCCUCAUCGGCCUAGCAUUCAUUGGCAUUGGCGUUGCUCUCUUUGUCACUUCACGGAGCAUCCAGGUGUUGGAGAUGGACUACACUGGGGUUGAGCCAACGUCCCCUUGCUUCAGGUGCUCCGACCCAGAUGUCAAGAACUGUGUGUGCAACCUGGCCUUCAACAUUGACACUCUAUUCAAGGGACCCGUGUUCUUUUAUUAUGGUUUGUCAAACUACUUCCAGAACUACAGAAAGUAUAGUGUGUCCAAAGACGAUGAUCAGCUGUCCGGAGACCUGGAUAACUUUGAAAGUCCCAGUGACACCUGUUCACCCUAUGAGACUGUUGGCAGUGUCCCAAUUGUACCAUGUGGAUCAAUAGCAAACAGCAUGUUCAACGACACCUUUAAGCUGUAUCAGAUUGUCAACGGAAACGAGAAGCUGGUGCCCUUCGAUGGAAAAGGGAUUGCUUGGUGGACAGACUACAACGUCAAAUACAGAAACCCCAGUGUGACGCCUCUGAAGAACGCAUUCAACAAUACCGUGAAACCCAUAUCUUGGCCCAAGCCUGCUUACGAGUUGGACACCUCCGACGCUGCUAACAAUGGCUUCAUCAAUCAAGAUUUCCUGGUAUGGAUGAGGACGGCGGCCCUGCCAGAUUUCAGAAAGCUGUAUCGACGAAUCACGGAGGGUGAUUAUGCCAAGGGUCUGCCAGCUGGAAACUACACCCUUAAAAUUGCCUACAACUAUCCUGUUCUGAGCUUUCAAGGGAGAAAGAUGGUGGUAUUCAGCAAUGUGUCCUGGAUGGGUGGCAAGAAUGAGUUCCUGGGCAUUGCCUACCUCGUGGUUGGUUCAAUGUGCGUCUUUAUGUCCAUAGUCAUGCUCAUUGUUUAUGCUAAAUUCAAGUUUCCCGAGGAAGAUUGAGUGCCUGAUGAUGGACCGUUGUUGACUGGAAGUUUAUCUACCUAUCAACAUUUUUUUUGUUGUUGCUUUUUACACAAUGUGAUCAUGAAAGCAUGUGGACAGUGGACUAUAGAGCUAGACUCCCCCUCUGAACAUGUCAUAUUCUGGACAUGAAGACGUAUCCUAAGAAGCUGAAGAAGUCUGGUGUAAUUUUAUCAGGCAAGACUUGACACUGGAGUUUCCCCAUGACUGCAAAAUAGGAUGAUUUCCAAUAUGGGAACAUCUUUGAAGUUAGGCUCUCUUGAAUGCAAAAACAAUGCAAAGCUACCCUUUAAUACUAGUAGAACAACUGAAAGAGGUGUCUCUUAAAUGUGUGCUUUUUAUCAUCACAAAAUGAGCUGCUUCCUCAUUUUAGUUCAGUAGUAAUAAAAUAAAGCCAUAACGCCAUAAACCGUUUGAUAAGCCAUAUGAUACAGGCCAAAAAUGUAUACUUGAGUGUGUGAGAGAUGUGUAGUUUAUUUUGGAAAUAAUGCUGUAAAAUGUGGGAUUAUUAACUUGGGUAACUGGUGCAUAGGCUAUGCACGCUCAUGUUUUAACUGUUUUAAAUGGUUUCAGAGAUUUUACUUGAUAUUUAUUUAAUAAAAACAACUUUAAAACCAU